AUGCUGACAGUGUUCGUAGUGUUGUUCCAACUUUUCAGUUGCUACGCACUGGGGCGUUCGGGUGCGGAUUUGCCAGGAAAACGACUACAAAACCACGGCGAAAUUCACAAAGCGAAAAAUCUAAUUGAUGCGUUAUCUUUUAAACUCCAUACCAAGUCCGAAAAGCUCACGUUGCAAUCGAACGAGAAUUUGGUGCCAAGUGCGUCAAUUCGAGACGAACUCAAGAUGCUGAACAAGUUCAAGGAACUUCUCAAUGAUCUUCUGAAUAAAAGUUCCGUCUGCGAAAAGUUCUACGCAAAUUUUGAUUUCACCGCUGCUCGUGAAAUUUUGAUAGAUUCCAGCGUGUCCUUACAGAACGAUUAUACUGUUGCAUUACAAGGUAUUGUGAAUAUUGUCUAUCAGUUUAUGGAACAGUUUUAAUGUUUUAAAGUCUUUAGAUAGACUAAUUAUUGAUGCUUAUAUUAUUAUAUUAUGCAUUGAUGGUGUGUAGUUAGUUUAACGCUGGCAAAACUUGCUCGAUCUGAUUCAAUGGAAAAGCUGGUUCAGCCAAGCUGUAUAACCUUGUCGUUGUUGUUUCAAUGAUGUUGCUACAGUAGAAAACUAUAAUACUCGAGAAAAUAUACGUUGUGCCGUUGUAAAUGAAUUCAUGUUGAAUCAAACGCAAACGCCGUUUCAGUGUUCAACACUGGCUAAACGAGGCAUGACUAUACAAGCCAAUCAACACGAUUAGCAUCUAAAUUAUUAAAAUAAUAGAAUGCACACAGUUAACUAUUAACCUGUCCUUCAAUUCUGAUUCAAACUGCUUACUGGCCAGCUUGGUCCCAGGUCCCAAGCGCUAUCGCUCUGUUUGGACAGCGAGGACAUUAGACAGAUUUAGGCAUAGAAUAGUCGCCUAAAGCAACUAGAAGGAAACUAAAUUUGGGUCCUCAAACUCUUGAAAAAUGAAACAAUAUGAAUUUUCUCUUCCUCGAUAAAAUCAUUAGCGGCUAAUUUAAUUUAUAUUAUUAUACAUUGUAGUCGCUGCAUGCGUUUUGAUUGGUUAAUAGCUUACAUGCAGGUAAAUAUGGCAAUCACACAACUUACACAUAACUCAGUUAUUUGCUAGCAGAUAACUAUCUGAGGUAUGUGUAAGUUGAGCCAGCGGUAUGUAAUUUUAUAGCAAGCGGUAGUGUAAAUACACGAAUGCGUAUUUCUCUCCUCUGUGGUAAAAGCAUGCGCGUGACGUCACUGAGUACAUGUUAGGAGAGUUUCAAUGUCGAUCUUUUCAGUAAAAUUGUUUACUAUGUAAUAUCAUAUUACCCAUCCCAAUCCCAGGUAUGAAUACUGAAUGUUCUCUUAAUCGUUUUCAGUGAACCACCGUAAUUUGAUCAACAAUGAUUUGGCGCUGGCAAACGGUAACGACUUGAGGAUGUUGGAAAUUUGGAAAAUAAUGGCACAACGAAGACAAAAGUGUUGUUCAGACUUCAAGAAGAUUUGAGCGAAACUGUUCGUGAUGGAUCCGCUUACUACUUGGUUUAUGGUAUGGUAACAGGGCCGCCGAGAGAAUUUGCGGGGCCCGGGACAAAUCUUCCCUGGGGGCCUUAUGACAUCAUUAUUUUUAAGCUAAACCUAACUAGACCUUAGCUAGACUACAUGUGGAGGUACUGUAAGGGACCCUCAAAUUCAAAAAUUCUCUGACCAAUUUAAAGAACCUACUCAAUUUUAAGCUGUCGCUCACAAGUCGGGGCCCUAUUAAGGUGGGGGCAAGGGGAAAUUUGCCCCCCCCCUGCCCUACCUUUCUCGGCGGCCCUGUAUGGUAACGUCAUCAUACAAAUUUAUCCGUCAAGAUUAACGAUCUGCGCAUGCGUAGUUUGUCUUGACGGAUGAAGUUAUGAACGUCCGUUUUCUUACUUUCAGACCUAACCUAUGGGCCUUUUGGAUACCGUUUACAAUUGAAAUUUUUGCUGCGAUUUUAAGUGCAAUUUUCUUCCUCUGAUGCAUGUGAACGAGUAAGAUGAGUUAUCAAUAUUUAAGCAUGAGCUCCAUUUUUGAAUUUACUACAUGUAUACAGUUAUUUCAAUUAAGGUUGUCCCCGAGCAAAGCGGAAAAGUCGAAUACGAGCGCAAAAGGCUUGCUGGGAAUCGCUAGCAAAUUAAUGAAUUUUUUAGCGAUUCCCAGCAGCCUUUCGCGCUCGCAUUCGACUUUUCCGCUUUGCUCGGGGACAACCUUAAUUGAAAUAGCUGUAUGUCAUAUGAAUAAAAUGUUAAACACGUUCGAAUUUACACAUCGGAUAAAAUCGCGACGCAUGUUGAACCCUAAUCUAAAUCUAUCCCCAACUCUAAGGCCUGUUUAAUACGUCGAAUUUAAUUCGGACGAAUUUAAUUCGUUAUUGAAUUCGUCAAUUGAUCGACAUUAAAAUGGUUUCGUUUCAAACGAGGAAAUCGAUUCAGACGAAUUCAUUUCAUGACCAUAGCGAUCAUGAAUUACCCAGAAAUAAAAACCAUGGGAUCAUAACAACAUGAGCUCCACCUUUGAAUUUACUAUAUGAGUAAAUUCUUAAACACGUCCGAAUUUAUCAUUAUGAUAAAUUCGCGGCACAUUUUGAAUUUAUCAAUAGAGUUAAUCGUAAAACCACAAUCAUUGCACAAGGUUUCUUGUUAUAAAUGUAAUGGCACUAAAAAGGGAUGGUUGUCAUGCGGGGGUGGGGAGUUUUUCAAAAAAAAAAAAAUAGUUUUUAAAAAAGUUUUAAAAGAGUUUUGAAAAGCAAAAAAAGGUUAAAAAGUUAGAUUUUUAAAAAAGUUAAAAAAAUUUAAAAAGUUAAAAAAAUGAGGGUUAGUGGUUAGUGGUUAGUGGUUAGUGGUUAGGGUUAGUGGUUAGGGGUUAGUGGUUAGGGUUGGGGUUAGGGUUAGUGUUAGGUGCCGCGAAUUUAUUAUUAUGAUAAAUUCAAAAUUUGCCGCGAAUUUAUCAUAAUGAUAAAUUCGGACGUGUUUAAGAAUUUACUCAUAUAGUAAAUUCAAAGGUGGAGCUCAUGCUGGAUCAUAAAGGUCAAUUCUACAAUCCCACUGGUCUGUUAAGACUGUUAAACACUAGCGGUUUAAAAGUUUUUGUCUUCAAAUUAUACGGUAAACUUAAGAAAAUACCGAGAAUAUUGUCAAGAUUCACUUAAUCAGUCCUAUACUUGCCGUACUAUGUGUUUGUCGGACGCACGAAUAUCGUAUAACAAGAAUUAUGCAGGCAUACUGACACUGCUCUACAAAUAAAGCCUUCAAAAAGUUGGGAAACUGUUCAUUACUUGUCAUUUAUUAUCAAGAUUUAAUUUCACAUAAAUUACCAUAUAAAAACACCCAGAAAUUCUGGAUGUCAUGUGACCAGCCGAUCCCUGGGCCAUUUUCGCCGACCUUCACCGUGGAGGAAAAUGCCCUGGGGACGAGGUUAUGUAUCUAAAGUUAAAAACUCAUCAAUAAUUCACGAGGAAAAUACAAAAGAAAUGAAUGUUUAAUCAAUGUUUGUAAAUCGGAUAAAGAUUUGUCCUGAUUUACAUAAACUUCAGCUUUGAUUUUCUCCGCUUAUUGACAAUUGUUCAUUUUUUAAAUUACUUCGCCAAUGAACUCAUAAGAUGGGUCGUUUUUUAGGUACUAGAUAAAAGAUAUGAGCAGUAUAUCAGAUAAGUACUACAUGAGCAGUAUAUCCUGUAUAUCAGAUAAAGAUCGGCUGCUCAUGUUUUAUCUAUAGUACAUAUUAUCUUAUCGCUUUUAAACAUUUUGUCCAACACGCCCAAUUUCAUGCAAACUGCGCAAAAAAUACGAAAUCCUCAAUUCAAAUAUUUUAAAAAGGCCAAGAGCAGCUUCACAGCUUCCAAUGUGCGACAUUUAGCCAUGCAUAAUAUUUUACAGAUUCUAUAUUUUUCCAGGAAAUAAAGACGCCGGCAAAGCGAGGCAAAAUCCAGAAAAUGUCUACUUAUUCUACGACGAUUUCUCCGACUCGAACCUGGAGAAAAAGUGGCAGAAAAACUGGGGCGCUAUUCGUGUAGAAAACGGUGUGUUGAAAGUGAAAACUGGCCGAACGCCAACCAGUGAUAAGGGCGAAAUUUCAGUCUUUGUCAAACACGGCCAUGAAUGGGAAGAUAUCGAAGUAGAACUAGACUUGAAUGAAAGAAAUAACGUGAGGGCCCCAGGGCCGUUUCUGAGAGUUCAGGACGCGAGAAUUCAGAGCACUACUGCGUGGUGGUUUGAAUAUGUAACAGGGAGCAAAUUGUGUACCAUGAGGCCCUUUAAGAACAACAAGGACGGCAGUUGGUUAUACCGGGGCACCUUACCUAAAGCAUUGUCUGCAGGAUUAUGGUAUCACGCUAAAUUUCGAGUUGUUGGUGACAGGUUUGUAGCAUUACUUUCGUAUCUAAGGAGAAACAGUCAUAGAUAAAAAAUUCUCUAUUCAGUCUAACGUCAAACAUCAUCGUUUUAAUCUAACCCCAACGAAACCGUCCGUGGGGAGCCUUUGGUAGUAGAGUUACUUAGGGAGCAUCAGAUUUUUAUAGUUUUUUGCUGAUCCAUACAAGCGCUAUGAUACAAUAUGCCGCCAAUAUUAGUAGUUAUACUAAUUUUUGGGUGAAGUAAUUUGUUGUGAAUAUACCGCCGAUUACGUUUCUAAGGCCUGUUUUAUGCGUCGAAUUUAUUAAAUUCAGAAUCAGACAAAUUUAAUUCGUCAUUAAAUUCGUCAAUAGACCUAUGCAUAAUGACGUCACAAGGCUUGAUGCCAGGGGCGGCGGAACAGGGGGGGGGGGCUAGGGGGGCUAAAGCCCCCCCCAGAAGUAAAAGUGAGGGGGCUUAGCCCCCCCAGAAAAUUUGAAUUUUUGGAAAAAAUUUUGAUAAUUAGGGAAAAAUUUAGGUUAUUUUUUGAAAAUUUAGGUAUAAGGGGACAAAUUUGCAAUAUUUUGUUUAAAAAAAGUGUAUUUCCGAAAAAAAUUUUUGAUAUAAGUCCGAAAAAAUUUUUUUCGUCCCUUUUUUUGUAUAUUGUACCCCUAAAGUGGUACACUGACCGAAAUUUUUUUGGCGACGGGGGGGUGGUGGUGGGGGAGGUCGCCGAAAAAAUUUAGCCCCCCCAGAACGAAAUCUGUUCCGCCGCCGCUGCUUGAUGCCCGCGAGGAAUGCUGGUCUUAGUAGUCAUCGCCCGGCAAAAUUAAACAAUUCAAAAUGGCCACUAUCAAAAUUUUCCCGGGCGAUGACCACUAAGACCGGCAUUCCUCGUGGGCAUCAAGUCUUGUGACGUCAUUAUGCAUGAAGUCUAUUGGUCUAAAUGAAAUGGUACUGUUUCAAACGACGAAUUUAAUUCAGACGAAUUCAUUUCAUGACUAGCAAUCAUGGAUUACCCAGAAGUAAAAAAAACGAGACCAGAAAGUGAGAAUGCAUUUAAUUCGACACGACGAUAAUAUACGUCGUAUAAAACGAAGACGCGCUACAGACGUUGUAUCCGUCUGACCAUGCAUGACGGAUAAAACGUCUUGGACGAAUUUAAAUCGUUUCAUACGAUGCACUAUCGUCGCAUUUCAUUCGUUAAAUUAAAUUCGUCUGAAUUAAAUUCGACGUAUUAAAGUGCGACGUAUGAAACAGGCCUAAAUUUGGAAUACCGGGGCACCGGCCGUUAAACUCAAGGCUGCCAUGCCGUAUAGGGAGAUAUUGGGAAAUACUCCUAUACGGCAGGGGGUUAUUGCGUUUUGUAGGGGGUAGGAGAUACCUGCAGGAAAUAACAGUUAAUUUGUAAGGAGCGUGGGGGUCUGACUCCAUUAUGGUCUGAGUCUGACUCUCUGAAAUCGUUAUUGCUGUUUUUGGCAUAAUUUUAGUUACAUUUAUCACGUUUCCUGCGGAAAAAAGCACUUUGCUCGACUCCAAAGCGAAUGUAGACACCCAACCACUUGUGACUUGAUUUGUAAAGCACUUGGCUUUUUUAAAAAUUAUCUUAUCAUUUAUAAAUACUGGGCCAUAUUCUGACUGCGAAAGCUUGUGGAUCAUUGACUGCAAAGGUAAAUUGCUUACUAAAGUAGCGAGAUACAGAAAAUAAACUCGUAAUUCACAGUGCUUUACUAAUAUAGACAACAAAUUUGACAAAUUAUGUAUUAAAGCCUAAUUUCUUGGACUUGGCUUGAUCAGUUAAACUACGAACUACCAGUUUAAAUUCAAUACUUUAGUAUUUUAGUAACCAACUUGCGAAGUUGUCUUUGCGAAUUGCACGUCCAAUAUUCCAAAUUUAAAAACGUAAUUGGGAAUAUUCACAACAUGCAAACUGCGCUUCGCAAUUUCGGAACCAAAUAGAGCUGUCCAGUAUGAAAGAUAUGUUUAGUUAAGCUUUUUUGUUUUAGUAAAAGAUAUUUUUGCUGUAUAGGUUUUCACACUGGAUCAACAAUGUGCUUAUCCAAAACAAUGUAAAGGUUUCCUCACAAUGGAUGAUCAACAAAGGCACCUUCGGCUUGGGUUGUCAUACGUAUGAUAUUGGAUGUGACACAUCUUAUGAUAACAUCAAAAUAACAAAAUAUAUCCCUGUUUUGCCAACAGUAUCUCUAGGUACGCUAGCUCUUUGUAAUAUAUGCAACAUAAGCAGUUUUAUAUCAUGCAGAUAUACUAAAAAAUACAUCCUAUAGACAUAGUACAUUGAAAAUAGUGGUUCUGGAGAUAUCAAAGUCAUUGUAAUGAACUUAGUAAAAAAGAAAAAGUAAACAAUUCUCGCAUAAAAUAACCUCCACUUCCUGGUUCAAAAAUUUACUUAUUACUAAAUACCACUUCUUUAACAGGCCUGAUUUAUUUAGCUUCAAUCCUUCAUGGAAAAGGCUAAUGUGGGAAAGACUAAAAAGUCUGUUGUAUCCAUCUAGGAACUGAAUGCAAAGUCGAUCUGAAGAAGUUUCACGGGUUGGGCACAUCCGAAAAGAAUCCUGCAACAUCUUGCAAGCAAGUACAUGAUAUAUCGUUGAAAGAUGGAAAAUUGGACAAUGGCUUGUAUUGGAUCAAGACAUCCGCUGACCGUUCCGUGCAAACUUACUGUGAUCUCACAAAUGGUGGGUGGACAUUGGUAGGAAAGGUCAGCGGUUUCGUCAACAAACUGUAUAAGUUUUGGUUGAUAAAGAAUUAUAAUGUUGUGGUAUUGAAUAGUCCUGCUUUGCCAAGGUAUAUAUAUACCUCAUAUAUAUGUAAGUCAGAGUUUAAAAUAGCUCAGCUAGACUAAUUCUAGCUAGGGAGAAUGCUUCCUGCAAAAUUUUGAAAUCUGCGAUGACAUUUCCUGUGUUCUGAAGAAGAUUUGAGUCAUUUGACGUCAGAAACCAUGUCAUUUUCGUUAUCAGGCAGUGAAGAGUUGUUUAUUUUUAUUGUAGCAAAGUUGGCUGCAUCGAUGCGCGUUACCUGGCAACCUAUCAUGCGUCAACUGUGAUGUUUUCCAGCGGUGAUAACAAAAAUGGUAUUGGUUCAAAGUGGGUGCAAUGGUCGCUACCAUACGGACGAGAAAGCGACAGUCUCUGGACUCACAGUGUUGGUAGAACUACUGCGUCCAAAGCGAGGAUGCAUCCCGUCACCGUUAAAGCUUGGAACGGGAAGGAACAGGUUUGAUCUAUAUUAUGGUAUUUGAAGCUGGCAAGAUUAACUUGCCCGUUUAAAAAAAUAUAUGCUGGAGAAUUGUGUGAUAAUUAAUAAUGGAGAAAUUGGCAACGCUGGAAGGCUAAAACUGCAUUUUUUCACGCUUUCAUAGGUAUGCUACCAAAAUAAAUAUGGAAUCAUGCCUCUACCUCAACAUGGUGGUUCCUAUCCCUCGGCUACAUAUAACACAGCAGGCAAUACGCGCACCAAAGAUUACUGCAUGGCUGUUGGCGUGCAGAAGAGAGGAACAACUGCUGAUGGAUGGACUCAGAAUGGCAACGGAUAUGACUCAGCAAGGAGCGAUUCUGAUUGGCCAAAUUCUCAGUACAACUAUGUAUCGCCGUAUAUUACAGUGUGGUUAAAAUGAAGUUACAAAAACAUCAAACGGUUUCUUGUUAUGUUUAAUCAACGUGGACAUAUAUCAACCCAUGUUUUUCAGCAUGCGCUGUCAAUGCCUGUUGUACCGCAGUUAUAACAAUGUCUAU